AUGAGUGAUCUUCCGUUUUCCGUAGUAUCCAUCGUCGAAGAUGUUCUUCAACAGCAUAGCACCCGAUCAAACGACGCCGGGUUCUUGGUUCCCCGGAGAGUCGAGGAAUCUUCUUUAAGAAGAUACGAAGCUGCCGGGUGGCUUAGAGAAAUGAUUGGAGUUUCUGGCGGUAGAGACUUCCCCGCGGAGCCUUCUGAAGAGGAUUUUAGGCUUGGAUUACGAAGCGGGAUAGUGCUUUGCAAUGUUGUUAACAAAGUUAAUCCUGGAUCUGUCUCUAAGGUUGUUGAAGCGCCUGAUGAUGUUGCAGAUGGAGCUGCACUCUGUGCUUUCCAGUACUUUGAAAACAUCAGGAAUUUUCUUGAUGCUAUUGGGAAAAUGGGUUUGCCUUCAUUUGAAGCUUCUGACAUGGAGAAGGGAGGAAAGUCUAUAAGGAUAGUGGACUGCAUCCUUACACUUAAAUCUUACAACGAGUGGAAACUGAAAGGUGGAACUGGGACCUUUAGGUAUGGAUCCAACAUGAAGAAUAAUUUUGGAUCCAAAACACCAUUUCUGAGGAAAAGCUCAGAGCCGUUUAUGAGCUCCAUGUCAAGAACUCAUCCAUCGACUGAUCAACCUGCUUGUUCUGAUGUUGGGCAAGAAGGUGAUUCUAGAUCUAUCAACGCGCUAGUUCGCUCGUUUAUUGCAGACAGAAAGCAUGAAGAUAUUCCAAGUGUUGUAGAGUCUGUAUUGCACAAAGUUAUGGAAGAAGUCCAGCAGCGGUUGUCAAUUCACAAUGAAAUGAUGAAAUCAAGUUCAAAGCUUAUUCCAGAAGAUGAUUCAUCCAGCGAGACAGUGCUACAGUCGCAGCAGUGUGACAUAAGACAACAUGAGGAAGCAGAAGAAAAUAGUCCGUCACAGGUCGUAGAAGAAAAGAUCGAAAGAGUAAAUUCUGAACACUACGAAGAACAUGAAAUUCUUCUAAAUCAACAAAAGCACAUCCAGGAAUUGAAGCAAACUUUAUACACUACGAAAACGGGAAUGAAACUACUGCAGAAGAAGUAUCAAGAAGACUUUCUUCACCUAGGCACGCAUUUGAAUGGUUUAGCUUACGCGGCUACGGGAUACAAAAGAGUUCUUGAAGAAAACCGCAAAUUGUACAACCUAGUGCAGGACUUAAAAGGAAACAUACGGGUGUACUGUCGGGUUAGGCCAUUCAUGCCCGGGCAACAAACUAGUUUGAGUACCGUGGAAAACAUAGAAGAAGGGACUAUCACGAUCAGAGUGCCAUCAAAGUAUGGGAAAGAAGGACACAAACCAUUCAUGUUCAACAAAGUCUUUGGUCCUUCUGCAACACAAGAGGAAGUGUUUUCAGACAUGCAGCCUUUGGUACGGUCGGUUCUUGAUGGCUACAAUGUCUGCAUCUUUGCUUACGGCCAAACCGGGUCAGGGAAAACCUUUACCAUGUCAGGGCCCAAGGAACUGACUGAAGAAAGCCUAGGUGUGAACUACAGGGCACUAGCAGACCUGUUUCUCUUAUCGGAUCAAAGAAAAGACACGACCAGCUACGAAAUCUCGGUUCAGAUGCUUGAAAUUUACAACGAGCAAGUCAGAGAUCUACUUUCCACAGAUGGCCAUACUAAAAGGUUGGAAAUCAGAAACAACACUCAGAAUGGAAUUAACGUUCCGGAAGCAAAUCUAGUGCCUGUCUCAUCGACGGAUGACGUUAUACAGCUGAUGGAUGUCGGACAAAUGAACCGUGCAGUGAGCUCUACAGCCAUGAAUGACAGAAGUAGUCGAUCUCACAGCUGUGUCACUGUUCAUGUUCAAGGCAGAGACCUCACAUCUGGGGCUAUCCUCCAUGGUUCUAUGCAUCUGGUUGAUCUUGCAGGAAGCGAGAGAGUGGACAAGUCCGAGGUGACUGGAGACAGGCUGAAGGAGGCUCAACACAUCAACAAAUCCCUUUCGGCUCUUGGAGAUGUUAUCUCUUCGCUUUCCCAGAAGACUUCUCAUGUGCCUUACAGAAAUAGUAAACUCACCCAGCUGCUGCAGGACUCCCUCGGAGGAUCAGCCAAAACGCUGAUGUUUGUUCACGUUAGUCCAGAAGCUGAAACUGUUGGAGAAACUAUUAGCACUCUCAAGUUUGCUGAACGAGUGGGGAGUGUUGAGCUAGGCGCUGCUCGUGUGAACAAAGAUAACUCAGAAGUCAAGGAGCUUAAGGAACAGAUUGCUAAUCUUAAAAUGGCUCUAGCGAGGCAAGGAAAUGGUAAUGGUAAUGGUAAUGGUAAUGGUAACGAGGCCCAACCAACCCCUCCACCACAAAACCGUGAGAGAAUCUCGAGAAGAAGAUCACUUGAAACUCCAAUCUUUCGACCUAAAAAUCCUACCAUGGGAAACGCACCAAGCAACCUUAAGCCCCAGGUUAUGGAUCUAAGUGGACCAGAGGCUUUUAGUGAUACUGCAUCUUCAAGAAGACACAGCUUAGAUCUCCAUGAGCUAACGAAAUCUUCUAUUCCAUCUUGGCCGAGGCAAACUCUCGACACAAAAGAAGAGGAUAGAGAGUUUAAGUCAGGGGAGUGGAUCGAUAAGCACGCAGAGUUGUUGAAUCAAGAUGAGAAUUUAAUUUCUCCCGAUAAACUCUACCAGUCAAUGACUCCACUACAACAAUCACUAAACGGUGGGAAACAAGAUUUUGAAGUGCAGAGUAUUACAGAUAACGAAUCUGAUGGAGUAGCAAGCGAUUGCUCAGAUUCUGAUUUGAUGUGGAGACUGAACGUUCAAGUGAAUGUACCCAGAGUUUCUAGUAAACAAAGUUCAGCAAACCCCAAACCAAAGAAAAUUAAGCCAAAAACUACCAAAGUCUCAGAAACCAGAAGUUUUAUUCCAUCGCUGAUCCCAGCACCAAGCAAGAGACCUCCUAACACCGUGAGUUCGCAGCCGCAGCGACCAGCCAGAGAUGGAAGACGCAGACUGAGUUUAGGCAAGUGAACAUGUUUUCACCAUUUUUUCUGUAAAGAGUUCAAUCAGUGAGACAACAAAAAAGGAUUUGUUUUUGUAUAUUGUGCGCAAGUUCUCUCUGUUUGUUCAAAAGACAAAAUCUCAAAUUUGCUGCUUUGAGUGUACAAAGAAU